AUGAUACUAAAAACAAAAGAAGACAAGAAAGCUCUUCUUCAAGAGUUCGAACAACUGGAGCAUGAGACACAUUUUAACGAUGUGAUCAGGGAUGCAGUUGAUUGCCUCAUGUUGGGAACGCGCCUGACUGAAGCGGUCAGUAAUGAAAAAAGACUCGAGCGAAAGUGGGGCUAUAGUCCAAAGAAUGACACAUGUAGUGGAGCGAGACAUAAGCGAGCCCUUGCCCAACUUGCAUGCUUUGCAAAGGCGUUACGCGCUCCUCAUAACCUCGUAUUUAGGGAGGAAAUGCGCGGGUGGGCGCUUUUUCGACGCGUACAGAUGCUCACCGAGUCAAACUGGCCACCCUUCUCAGGAAACGAGGAGGAAUUCCGGAGUUCUGGGCAAUUUAUGAAACCCUCGUGCACACAAUCCCACACUCAGCGUAAUCGAAAGAUGCUUCUGCUCAAAGAGAGUCUACAAGGGAACACGCAUAGUUCAACGAACGCGUUACAAAAAGCCAAGAGAACAGCCGAUAGCUGCGAGUCGGUCUACGACAGCAUCUGCAUGUUACUGAAUCAGAUUAAGUUUCCGAAAGACAUUGUUGAACCAGUGCUUAUAAAGACUCGGGAAUACGAUGGUCUCACUGUGGAUGCGAUUAUGGAAUUGAUUAGUGGCGAGAUUUCCACCAAGGCCUACAUUCAAUCGAGGAUUCAAUUCAGUGAGCUCAGGAAAAACCUAAAUACAGAUGACACCGACAUAACAGGGCAGGCAUGCGCGAUAUGUGAAAAGAACGGGCUUUAUACAUGGCAAUGCCAAUCGUCGCUACCGGUAGUUAAGAAACGAGAGAUCAUAGUUCGCAAGCGCUAA